AUGUCUAAAUCAGGUGCAGAACAAGGUGAUACUGUGGGAAAUGACAGUGGUAAUGAGUAUGAAUUAUCUCCACCACCGCUCAAGAUAUUAAAGGCUAAUGAUGAAGAAUUUGAUUCGGAAGAGGUAACAAAUAAUCCGAACGCAAAUGGUGGCAGCAGUGAUUCUAUGUUAACACAAGCUGGUCGCCUGACACCAGUUGAGGAAAUUCAAAUUGAUACUGUUACUACCGACAAAUCAAGUGAGGAUAAUGAGGAUAGUAGUGACCAGUGUAGCAAAGAUGAGAAUGAUUCUGUCGAUGGAACAGAAACUGACGUUUUAAGAGAACUUAGUAAUGUCAGCAGCACAACAGACGAUAAUGACACACUACUUCGUAUCCCUGAACGUCAGGAUUGUCCUAAUGAACAAUCUCGUACUGUCUCAGUUGAUUCUGGCGAGUCACGUCAUGAAUUUGUGGAACCUACUACUCCAGUUACUUCAAAUGCACAUCGUGUCAGUGCACUGCGCAGGCGCCUUGCGAUUUAUUCACCGAGCGAUAAUCUGUUGUCACCGUGUACUCUGAAAUUGAACCGUCCAAAGAGCUUAUUCAGCCGUUUUGGGGGAACUGCUUUGAAUGAAGGAGGUAGUGGCGACACCAUUGGAAGAAGAAUGAUACAUCCAGGAAGCUCAGAAUUUGAUCCGCUUUCGGACGACUCCUCUGACCAUUCUGAUGAGGAAAGCUCAGAUAGCGAAAACGAUGAACAAUCAGAAAGUAGCAAUAGUGAAUAA